UCGCUGUUCUUCUCACGGUAGCUACACUGAAAGCGAUGGAGUCUAUCACCACAAUGGCAGACGCAUUGCGCGCCAACACCACUCUCGUGGCCGCCGUGGUGCUAUACACCAUCGCCUUCCAUAUUUUUGCGACACUGCGAAAACCAAUUUCCAAAAUCCCAGGUCCUUGGUACUCCAAAUGGACAUCUGUCGUCGUCACGUACCACUGGCUCAAGGGCAACAAGACGUACUAUGUCCAUGAUCUCCACGCCACAUACGGCCCGAUUGUCCGUGUCAGCCCCAAUGAGGUGAGCGCCCCAACGGUGGAAGGCGUCAAGGCAAUCUACAACAGCAGAGAAACGUUUGUCAAGUCUCGCUUCUACCAAGACUUCACCGUCGGCGACUACGAGACGCUCUUCAACACGUCGGAUGCUGCAUUCAACCGACGCCACCGCCGACUCUUGGGCGCUCCCAUGAUGGAGGCUAACAUCAGAACGUUCGAGCCGACUGUCGUGAGCCUGGUCAAUCUGACAAUGGAGAGGAUGGGUCAAGAGAUGGACGAGCGUGGAGCCGCAGACCUGCUCAAGUGGUGGACGUUUUUCUCGACCGAUGUCAUUGGGGAGCUCACCUUUGGUGAAUCGUUCCGCACUCUGCAACAGGGCAAGCCCUCGACGUACACCAACGACAUGAAAAACGUCGCGCAACUAGGCGGCACCAGGGCCACAUUUCCGACAUUGAUCCCAUUGACCAAGAUUCUACCCAUCGGUCCGUUUGAGCGAGCCCGCCAGGCAGCGAGGAAUAUCAGCACCUACGUCUCUGACUCCCUCUCGCGCUACCAACGCCUCAUCGACUCGGACCCCUCUCGCGCCGCGCACACCCUCUUCACAAAGAUGAACAAAGCCAAGGACGACGACAAGCUGCCGUUCGACGAGCUCUGCGGUGCUGCGCAGACCUACAUCAUCGCCGGCACGGACACGACCGCCAUCACCAUGACAUACCUCACGUGGGCCGUCUGCCGCCGGCCCGCCAUUCAGGCCAAGCUUGUGGAAGAACUACGCACCCUUCCCGCCGACUUUACAGAUAUCCACCUUCGUGAGCUUCCGUAUCUUCGAUGCGUCAUUGAGGAGGCCCUGCGACUAUACACAGCAGUACCGGGCGGUUUGCCGAGGGUCGUGCCCCCCGGCGGUGCUGAACUCGUCGGGCACCAUCUGGCGCAGGGGACUGUCGUGUCCGGACAGGCGUAUACCCUUCAUCGGGAUAGCGCUAUCUUUCCUCGCCCACUUGAAUUCGACCCAGAGAGGUGGGCGAACCCCACCAAGGAGAUGAAAGAUGCCUUUUUGGCUUUUGGGCGUGGACCGAGAGCCUGUCUGGGGCUUAACCUGGCUUGGAUGGAGCUUCGCAUGGCUACAGCCAAGUUCUUCCUCUCCUUUCCUGAUGCCACCGUUUCUGGGAAAGUGGGGAUGUCGGAUGGGAGCAUGCACGCCAAGAUAUUCUUUCUUGUCAAGCCUAGUGGCGGCCAGUGUCUGGUGGAGAGGUGAGACGGGGCUUAUAGUGAUCUCAUUCUCGGACGUAGCAUCACCGCAGUCCUUACGCACGCCCGGAUAGCUCAUUAGAUUUGAUACGUGGUUAUCUCAAUACCAGCUGAAAUGUUAUCUCAACACCAGCUUAAAUGUACUCUUGUGCCGUAGGAUCAGUGCGAGUGCUUGGGUCGAGAAAGAUAACUAAUCCAGCGUGGUCCCGUACUCACUCGACAAAGUCGCUCGCGCUGGUCUGUCUAAGUAGCUUAUAUCCUUAUGGAGUAUGAUAUAGUGGUGCUCCCACCCUGGCCCACAUUAUGUCGAGAAUUAUCAGUAUUCAAUACCUCUCUAACGAUA